UAAAAUAUAAUUAAGUCCUAUAUGUAUAGUCCUUAUCGUAGGAUUGGUUAAAUAGAAUUAUUAGCUACUACGCGGCGUAUUUCUUGGCAGUUCUUGUCACCUGGACCUCCUUGUAACGGCCAAUCAGACCCUGUAUAGUCCUGUAUAGUCCCUGGUGUUGGGCUAAUUGAGCUGACUCAGUCUUAACUCAGACUCUAGAGUCUAGACUACAACUGAACUGACACCGAUAUGAGCUGAAAUAUAAGCUGAAAUAUGGGCUUCACUUGGCGCCAAGAGAGAAGAGAGGGAGGGAAACAAACGAAGCAAGCAAGUGAGAAUACCUAUAGCCGCGAUUUCUGCCUGCGACUCCAGUAGCUGCUGGAUUGCCGCUCCUCUUCCCAUCGUCCACCCUUCCUACCUUCUUCUUCACCGGCUUACCUAGUAAUUCGAUUUGCAUCAGCGCUGCUAUGAAGGCCUCCCUUUUGUUUCUGCUCGUGGCGGUUCGCCGCGCCUGCGGUACCCCCAACCCGACGCUUCAAUGGGACCCAGAGACGACUAAAGACUGCAUCGAAUGGUACAACAACAGCGACGAUGAACCGUGCGAAUACGUACGCAGUCUGUUUGGGAUCACCCCCGAGGAGUUCCAUGAAUGGAACCCCUCCGUCGGUCUCGACUGCCAACCAUGGGAGUAUCAGUCGUACUGCAUCGUUACCAUGGAGAAGAUCAACAACACAAUCACGACCACUUCAUCUUCUUCCUCGACAACGGCUGUCUCCACUACCUCUGUGGUCACGCCCGGACCCUCCCCUACCUCUUGGACCGAUAUGGGCUGUUAUGUCGAGUACCCCGCGCUGCCUAUCCUCGAGGAGAACUUGAGCCCCGAGGGCGGCGAUGCAGCGUUGUCUAUUCCCAAAUGCGAGAACGCGUGCUAUCUCAAGGCGUAUGUCUUCGCAGGCGUGCAGGAGGGGAACCAGUGCUGGUGUGGCAGCUACGUGGGCGGCGAGUGGGCGAGCAACCAGACUCACUGCAACACCACCUGCACCGGCGACAGCAAGGUGUUCUGUGGCGGCAAGGGACUGGUCAACGUCUUCAAGGCCGAGCAGAACGAGGCGUCUACUAAAACUACUGCUACUACCGGGGCCUCCAGUACGACUACGGCAACAGGAUCUACUAUCAGCGAGACUCGGUCGUCCGGGGCAAUCAGGAAUCUGGCAAUGGCUUGAAGGAUUGGGGUUGGCUUGAUUGUCUCUACUCUUGUUUUCUAUGUAUGUAUGCAGACCUAAUCGAAAUAUAACACCGGUGGUGAUGGAACGUAUGGCCAUUAGGACAUGUGGCUUUUAUGAAAGGCGUUAUAGAAGGACACAAGAGGCGAAAGGGGGUUACCUACUUAAGCAAUACAUAUAUUAUGCCUUGAAUUUGAGGCACUGAGAUAAUAAACUAUAACAUGUCCUAG